AACGUCAGUUUUCCAGCGUCACCAGAAGAUGGCGGCCACCAGGAAGCGGGUGGGGGAUUGGGCGUUGGUGACAUUACAGUAGUGGCCGGUGUGGGAGGCGGUGAAUGGGACACUUGUGCCGUGUCUCUGCUGUGUCUCAGCGUGCGAGCGGAUGAGUGUCUGCCCGAUGAGUGGUGUCGAAAGUGGCAGAGAGAGGUUCUCAUCCUCUGCUCUGCCCAGGUGGCUGCUGCUGUUCGCUGUGUCCUGCCUGGGGUUGCGGAUGGUGGCAGCGAUGGGGAAGGAAGAGAAACGCCAACUCAGGGAUCAAGUAUUGGAGAUGUUUGAUCAUGCAUAUCAAAAUUACAUGAAACACGCUUACCCAGCUGAUGAACUAAUGCCGCUGACAUGUCGUGGCCGUGUGCGUGGCUUGGAACCCAGUCGUGGUGACGUGGAUGAUGCACUUGGCAAAUUUUCUUUGACCUUAGUUGACACUCUGGAUACUCUUGCACUGCUGAAUCAAUUAGAUGAAUUUGAAAUUGCCGUGAAGAAGGUUAUAAAUGAUGUUCACUUCGAUAAUGAUGUUGUUGUCUCAGUCUUUGAGACUAAUAUUAGGGUGCUAGGAGGUUUGCUUGGAGGCCAUUCCAUGGCCACCUUAGUGAAAGAACAAAGUGAGCAGAUGCAGUGGUACAACGAUGACCUUCUCUUCAUGGCAAAGGAUCUUGGGUACAGGUUGCUGCCAGCAUUCAAUACUACCAGUGGGCUUCCUUACCCCAGAGUAAAUCUGAAACAUGGAUUAAGACGGCCGCAAGCCAGAACAGGCACGGAAACGGACACCUGUACCGCCUGUGCAGGGACCCUCAUCCUGGAGUUCGCAGCUCUGAGCAGACUUACUGGAGACCCUAUUUUUGAGCAUCAUGCUCGCAAGGCCUUAGACUUUUUGUGGGAGAGAAGACAGCGCAACAGCAAUCUGGUGGGAACAACCAUCAACAUCCAUACAGGGGACUGGGUCCGCAGAGACAGUGGAGUUGGAGCUGGGAUUGAUUCUUAUUAUGAGUACCUCUUCAAAGCGUACAUUCUGCUUGGUGAUGAUGGAUAUUUGCAGAGAUUCAACACUCAUUAUGCAGCCAUCAUGAAGUACAUAAGCCAACCCCCUCUCCUGCUGGAUGUCCACAUACAUAAGCCGCUGCUAAAUGCACGAACGUGGAUGGAUGCCUUGUUGGCUUUCUUCCCAGGCCUCCAGGUAUUGAAAGGAGAUAUCCGACCAGCUAUAGAAACUCAUGAGAUGUUGUAUCAAGUGACAAAAAAGCAUAACUUUCUACCAGAGGCUUUCACCACUGAUUUUAGGGUUCACUGGGCUCAACAUCCUCUCCGACCUGAAUUUGCUGAAAGUACCUAUUUCCUAUACAAGGCUACAGGAGAUAAAUAUUACUUGGAGGUGGGAAAGACGAUCAUUGAGAACCUGAAUAAAUAUGCUCGUGUACCAUGUGGCUUUGCAGCAAUGAAAGAUGUUCGUACAGGAAGCCAUGAAGACAGAAUGGAUUCCUUUUUCUUGGCUGAAAUGUUCAAAUAUCUGUACCUUCUCUUUGCGGAGAAAGAGGAUGUUCUCUUUGAUAUUGAGGAUUAUAUCUUCACAACUGAGGCCCAUUUGUUACCACUUUGGCUCUCUACGAAUUUCACCAAGAAACAAAAAAAUGAGACAACAGCUUACUCGGAUUUGGAUGACAGCAACUUUGAUUGGUCGUGCCCUAAUACACAAGUUCUAUUCCCAAAUGAUCCUUCUUAUGCCAACAGCAUCCGUGAACCGUUUAAAAAUGUCGUGGAUAAAACUUGCCCAAAGGCCAACACGAGACAGGACGUAGGUGGUGAUGGUCCUGGGGUCAGGUCACAUCUGAGGGCCAGAGACUUUAUGGCCAACAAUGCUGAACACCUCGAUUUGCUAAAGAAAAUGGGAGUCAGCCUAAUUCAUCUCAAGGAUGGCAGAGUCCAGCUGGUUCAACAUGCAAACCAGGCAGCAAGUGCACACGACGCAGAGGACGGCCUGCGUUUCAUGCAGGAGAUGAUUGAAUUGUCGAGUCAGCAGCAGAAGGAGCAGCUGCCACCUCGAGCUGUCCAAAUCACCUCCCCUCCAUUCCUUGGUCGAGUGGUACUCACAGCUGGACCAGCACAGUUUGGAACAGAACUUUCCAAAAUCACCACUGGGGUACGAGGCUUUGUUGCAAAAUGUGAGCCCUACAAUGGCUGUUCGGAAGUAACAAAUCAUGAGUCGAUAAAGGGGAAAAUUGCCCUGAUGCAACGAGGUCAUUGUAUGUUUGCUGAGAAGGCACGGAAUGCGCAGAAGGCAGGGGCGAUAGGAGGCAUUGUUAUCGAUGACAAUGAAGGAAGCAGCAGUGACACAGCGCCGCUUUUCCAAAUGGCUGGUGAUGGAAAGAACACUGAUGAUGUUACAAUCUCAAUGCUUUUCCUCUUCAACAAGGAAGGAAAUAUCAUUCUUGAUGCUAUGCAGGAAUACCAGGAAGUGGAAGUGCUGCUCUCUGAUAAAGCGAAGGAUAGAGAUCCGGGUAUGGAAGAAUCUGAGCGGAAUUCCGAAGUCUUGCAGUCCAGGGAGCCAAGCUCGGCCACUUAUGAAUGUCAGAGAGAAGCAGCACUGAACAUUAAAAUCCCAAGCGGUUGGAAAGCUGAUGAAGCAGUGAAUGAUAACAGUGGUCAGUCAAUCGUGUCUGAUGCAAAGAUGCAACUACGUAACGAAAUUUUGGAUAUUUUGAGUGGUUCUGAUCAGAACCCAAGGAAAACUCCUACUGACACAUCCUCGGAUACUGUUGAUGGCAAAGACAAGGACAUGCAAAGGACAGGUUGUCAAGGAACCUUUGAAGAUGACCAGGAAUCUAGUACUCGGUCUUCAGAUCAGGAAAAUGAAGAGACUGAUAAUGAGGUAGAGCAGGAGUCCAGUCCAAAUAUUAGUCAAGAGACAGAGGCUCGAACAAUAGAUUCCUUAUUAUCAGACUGGAAGGAAGAGAUAGACGCCUUUGAAAUGAUGGAUAAGGAUGAGCUAUGACCGUGGUCAUAGAUUUGUACGAUGCGAUUUUCUCCUUCCCCCCCCCCCCCCAGGUGAACCGGGUGUAAUUGCGCCCAGAGACAUUCCCUGAACAACUGGAAGAAUGUGACGAUCUGUCUCUUUGAUUUGUAUCAACCUUCAAAUGUGGAGAAGGGCCCUACAAUUUACUGACCAUCUCUUCAACCUGUUUCAUCUAAAGAUGCCUCUCCGAUAAAUGGUUUUCCUGAAACGGCAAACCUCAGGCUGAGAGAAAUGUGCCAGGGUUGAGAGAACUUGCAUCGCAUUAUUUUCUACCUUUCCCUCCCUCAUCCAUUCACACGCACACUCUUUCAUUCACUGUUGCAAACUAAUCUUAUUGUAUUACUGCAGGUUUUAAAAACCACAACAUUCUGUAGCAUUCAUCCACUGUAUGAUUACAAGCUGACCGCCAAUCGCCAGAUUAAAACACACAGCUGCUUAAUUUAUUUUUUAAAUAUCUAUAAUUACUGAAAUAUGAUUUUAGCUCUUUUUUGCUUUUCAUCAGACAAAAUCAUUUUUGACAAAACUGCUUGCAGCAAUGAGAUUUAUUAUGAAGUGUUUUCAGCACUAUCUCAAAUGCGAUCCAGUGUUGUCAGACACUGGAACUUGUGGUUUAAAUAAUUGAAUAACUACAUACUCAUUUUUAUUUUGUUCUGUCCUGACUGACCAUAUCCCCCCUCCCCCAUGCCACUCCUAAACCUUUACAAGUUUGCUAUCUUCCAUUAAAUAUGUUGCAGGGAUAACAGCAUUCAAGCAAAUGAUAUGCAGCAUUCAAUCAAGUGACCACCGCCGGGACACUGAUUUUGACCCAUUUGUGGAUAUCAGAUCUCUCAAAUCUGGUCCAUUUAUUAGAUAUUUCUGCCCGAUAGCUGUUAACUGAGUAACUGCUGCUGAAUCCAAGUUCAGUUACAGCGUUGAGACCAGAUGACAGGGUUGAUCUUGUAAAAAGGUUAUGGUUAGCAGCAGCUCUACAUUAGUUAAUACUGUAAACAGGAAUCAUUUCUAAGAUCAUUUUGGAUGAAAGUUAUAACAGCAGUAUUUUUAUGUUUUAUAAAAAAAUGAAUUGAAUUGUGUAAGGCAUGGAGUACGCAAUGGAAUUUUAGACCAGUAGUUUGGGGAAGCCCAAUACUAGUGUAUAACAAAAAUUGCAUAAUGUUUGUGAACCAUUUCAGACGGUCACAACAUUAUGGAUUAGUGUGCAAUCUGCAGGAAUAUUUAUCUGUCAGAGACUUUCCUCUGUAAUUUUACCUGUUGAAUGUUUCCUCCUUUAAGCAUUAUUUUGUAGAUCCAUAGAAUUUUAAUCUGUUUUCCAAUCUGAUUUGAUGGAACUCCUUAAGUAUUAUUUAUCAUAUAGCCCUACCAUUCUAAUAGCUGUGGGAUGCGGUGCUGUGGAUUAGGUAGUUCAUUUGCACCACUUUAAAUGCCCUUCAUAGUGAUGCAACACCAUCCCAAAUCUCGAAACAAUUAAUUGCUGAACAUGUGUAAUUGUUCGAUUUGUGCUCCCAUUAAGUGCCUUGCGAUGUUUUACUGUCUUAAAGUCGCUAUACAUAGGUUUGCGUUAAAAUGACUAUAUAAAUAGAAGUUACUUGUUACUUGUUCUCUUACUAUGUUUUUGGAUAACAUAGUUUGGUUAAUAAGUGUUCAGUCUUGUGUGCUACUGAGUAGUGUAAUCUAGAUUCCAGUUGUGUUGCCGAAUCAGUUGAGUUCAGUUGCAAUAGUCCAGUUGAUUUCAUUGUCGCUAGUCCAGGGAGAAGAAGCAUCAGCCAGGGUGCUUCUUCCAUGUGGAAGUCCAUCAGGUUAGUAUUACUUGAGGAGAAUGUCUGCCUUGAUCCAUCAGGUACCUGGAUUGACUUUUCGUUUGACCAAAGGCACGCAGACGUUGAAUGGUCAUUUGACUACCUGGCGCUGACUGGAUGCCAGUAGGAAAUAGUUAUUUGAUAAAGGGUUAGUAACUGGAGAGCACUUGCAGGGUGUAUCCCCACCAAGGUGUGAAGAGAGGAAAGAAAAUAUUGAUUUACUGUUUUAAAAGAAGUGCACGGAUGUUUCAUGGAUCUAUUUUCACCUCUCUAACAAAUUAGUUUUACUGAUACAGAGUACACUGGUAUAUCCGUGUACUUCAGUGUACUCUACAACCUUUAUAAUCCUCUGCAAACAGUUAAACUUUGGGCCAAAGCAAAUACAUUUGGUAGAAAAUCCCGAAAUGUUAGAGUUCACUUUUGAACUGCUACUCAUUUUUUCCAAACUCAAAGAAUGUUUGACAUUUUUAAGAGUUAGCAGUAUUUGGA